GUUUCUGUACUUUUCAUUAUUAUCGAUCAUUAAAAAAACGGAGAUUGUUUCAUUUUAGAACACGUAGUAUAUAAAACAUAUCGAUGUAUCAAGAAUGAAGGCAAUGUUAGCGUUAGUAAAGCUGUUAACCUUUGAAAACUGGCGUUUAAUAACCCCACGCUUCUCUGCAGCUCAACCCUGGAAAAAGAAAGUCGAUAGUGAGGUGCAAAAUCCUGCAGUUCCUGGAGUGUCCACUAGAGGCUGGCUGCAGAGGAACAGGAAGUCACAUACACACCCAUUCUAAAAAGCCUGUUUUUACAGCAGAGAUUAACAUGUUUACAGCCUGGUUCAAAAAAAAAAAAAAGCUCAUGUCUUGAUCUUAACAAAUUGUGGACUAAAGUCUAGUGAGGACCACUUGUUCAAUCAGGGUCAGGGUUUAGAGAGAAACAUAUUGGGUGAAGGUUUCUGUGGUGGCGUGGGGCUUCGUGUAGACCUCCAGGAAAUGAAUGUGAGGCUGACAUGAAGCAACUUCCUCCUCACAGCGACCUCAGCUGCUUAUCUUUUUUGGUUUCCUCAUCCCACACAAAGAUCUUUAACUCACCAGAGGGGAAAAUAAGAUCUUCACUGAGGGAGACUCAAACGGUCUGAAGCUCAUCAGGUGGAGAAAUGGACUUUCUUAGAUAUUAAGACUGAAACACAUCUUUAUAUUCAUUAAGUUCAGCGGUGAAGAUGGAGCGUCUGUGUCUCCCUGCUCUCUGCACGCUGACGCGCCUCCUCUGCGUCUUCUCUCUCGAAGUGACAGUGAAGGACAUCGACCUGAAGCUGUGUGAAAAGCACAAGCGAGCCUGUGUCACCGACCUCCAGGACUGUGACCCCCGGCCGCCUUCGUCUAUACAGAAGAACUUGAACAUGUCCUGCUACUACUAUCAGAUGCACCAAACGGUGACGUGUGAGUGGAGCGAGGAGUCAGAGAGCCACACACAGUCGGAUGUUUCUCUGAUCUUCAGCAGCAGAAAUCUUGGAAUCCUGUCAUGUUCGUCUCUGAUCAACCCAUUAGCCGUCUUCGAUGUAACAGCCAGGAUCAAGAACUACAUGAUGGAGAGUGAGAUCUGGUCCCGCCCUCACACUUUGAAUCUGAAAGAAGCAGUCAGACCCCUCCAGCCUGUUUUAACGGCUCUCAGCUCCACCCAGGACUCCAUUGUUGUGUCUUGGAAUUGCAUCAAAAACUGCAUCUGUCAGCUUCACUACAGAGUCAACAAGACACACACAUGGACCCAGGCUCCAGAUUUGGUCUCUGCACAUCCCAGUCUCACACUGACUCACACCGUCAGAGACCUGCAGCCGUUUACAGUCUACAGAGCGGCUGUGCGCUGCAGAGAGAGGUCUGGCAUCUGGAGUAAGUGGAGCACUGACAUCACCAUGAGCACGCUGGAGAAGGCGCACUCCAGGCCCCCUGACGUGUGUUACAGAGUGGAGAAAAGAGACGCUGCUGAAUCUUUUCUACUUCAACUCGUGUGGAAGGACCUUGACCUCCUUGAAGCCGGAGGUCGUAUCCUCGGAUACCAGGUGAGCUACGAGCCAAUGAGGAAGCAGCCUCUACAGGACAUAUUCAUUCAGAAUGUCACAGAGGCGACAGCGCUGAUGUCGGUGGAGGCCGGGAACUGCAGUGUCACAGUAACAGCCUUCAACAACGCUGGCUACGGGCCUGCUGCACGUCUCAGCAUCGACACACAGAAACAGAAGACGCUCUCUUCAGUCAGACACCUGUGGGCUUCUAGUUCUUCUACGGGCCUUCUGGUCCAAUGGGAGCCCCCCACAGACCCCCCUCCUUCUUUCCUGUCUCUCAGUCAUUAUGCUGUUCAGUGGCGCUCAGAGACUCGACCGUCCACCACCCGCUGGACCACCGUGGAUAACUUCUCCACGUCGACAGUUAUACAAGAUGUUGAUUCUGAAGACUCGUACCUGAUCACCGUGUUUCCUGUCUACCAGCAGCAGUGCGGACCUCCUCAGUCACUGCCCGCCAGUCUGCAGCAGGGAGCUCUUAGUGAGGCGAUGAAGCUGAGGAUAGUGGGCGUUACCAAGACAACAGUGACAGUUGUUUGGGAGUGGCAGCGGAAGUCUGGACCAAUCAGAGUGGAUGCAUAUGGAGCGAUGCUGAGGGGAGAGUCAGAGGGGCAAACUGUCUCCCUGUGGCCGGACAAACAGCAGCACACCUUCCUCAACCUCAAACCCAACACUGACUACUCUCUUCUCCUAUUGGCUGAUGGCGCCUCCAGAAGCAUCAUCGCCGUGACGACAGACUUCGAUGAAGUCCCGCUGGUUGCCACAGCGACUCCUCUGAUGCUGCUCGCUGUUACUGUGUUCAUCAUCUCCAUCCUGUCCAGGACUGUGUACAAGUCAUACUUCUUCCCGCCCAUCUCAAGUCCUCGAUGCAGCACGACAGGCCAGUGGCUGAUGGACCCGAACCACCAGAAACCUGCAGAGAGACACAUCCUGGACAUGGACGACUUCAUGGUGACGGAUUUACUGGGACCAAAAAGUUUCAUCAACGUCAGUUCAACCUGUGAGCCGUCACCAUCGGAGCGGCUGCAUGAAGAAGCCCCCCUGCUGUCCAUCAGUCAGCUCUUCAUCAAAAUGGACCCUGAGUAUGUUUCUGAUGCUCCAGUGUUCACAGAGCCUCUCCUGGCGUCUCUCCAUCCCUCCUAUCAUCCCGUCUACACUGUGAGCUGCAACUAUACUGACCAGGACCGGGACCAGGACCAGGACUGGGACCGGGACCAGGAAGUGUUUAUAUCUGAGGCCUUUCUUCAAAAAGAGGAAGAGAGCAGAUGGGACUUUGAGACGUCACCUCACAGAGAAACGCUCGUUAAAAGCUCAUUUCAUGAAUUCAUGGCGAACAUGAAUAGCGUGUGCGUCUACCAGACGAGCUGCAGGGCGGAGCUUGUUGGGAACUCGUCUUCCUCUCAGGGGAACAGGGAUGUUGAAACCAACUGUUCAUCUCUGAUCUGUGAAAAUGAUUACAUCGCAAACAGCUGCUCUCCUGCACAAACUACAGAUGAAGACUGAAGCACACAGGUACGACAUGCUAGUGCCCCCUAGUGGCUGUGAAGUGCAUGACGCUGCAGGAAAAGACGUCUGACAAUCCAAAAGGCAAAAAUGUGAAGACUUUGUUUUUACAGAGCAUGCACAGAGUGUGUGUUCACAUGCUAAUGUUAAAGUGAAUUUUAUUUUUCAUUCUGCAACACAUCAAACGACGAGCUGUUUUUUUAUGACGAGGUACAGAGGAAGAGCCGAUGAGCCAUGAAAAAGAUCUACUCUGCUUCCCUG